ACGCGAAUUAUGUUAGCUCACUGCUGUCGCCCCUCUUCGCGCAAUAAUUUAUUUUUACUCCAAACAAAUAUAAACAAAAUCAACCAUCUAUUUCCAAAAAUAAAUUAACAAAAUCACAAAAAUAACCAUAGCCGACGGACAAUUAUAAAUUGUUAUUUUUAACUUUUAUUUGCUGCAAGUCGUGUGCCGUACGUCGUACGUCCGCCCUCGCGCACUUUGUUUAUAUUUACAAAUAUCACUUUUAUCUGGAUUUACCAAAAAAAAUAAAUAAAAUAAAAAUAAAAAACAUAAAAGCAAACAACCAAUUAUGACUGACUGCAUUUCACGGUGAUGUUUGUUACAGAAACUUUUAAUAAAUAACGAUUUAAAUAAAAGUCCAUCUGAAUUAGCCAGAACUCUUACCUGAAGACAAUUUAUAUACAAAUGUGGAGUAUUGUGUCGUUUUAAGAAGCCGUCCGUUUACAAAAGAACUUCUACAAACAAGAGAUAAUAAAUUUAUAUACCAAAUAGCAUAAAUAUGCCCCGAAGCUGCAGCCAAUCCGAGAGGAAAUUGAGGCGCCACUAACCGAGUUAUCCGGAUCCAGUUGCCGGAAAGUUGAGCCCCAAAUACAAGAGGGAAUACGUCACAUAAGCCUAUAAUAACCACAGAAGGAAUACAAGUCGCCGAGAUGGGUCGCAAGAAAAUUCAAAUAUCACGCAUCACCGACGAACGCAAUCGGCAGGUGACCUUCAACAAGCGAAAGUUCGGUGUCAUGAAGAAGGCCUACGAGCUGUCCGUGCUCUGCGAUUGCGAGAUCGCCCUGAUCAUCUUCUCGUCGAGCAACAAACUGUACCAGUAUGCCAGCACCGACAUGGACCGCGUCCUCCUCAAGUACACGGAGUACAACGAGCCCCACGAGUCCCUCACCAACAAGAACAUCAUCGAGAAGGAGAACAAGAACGGUGUUAUGUCGCCGGACUCGCCCGAGGCGGAGACUGACUACACGCUGACACCGCGAACGGAGGCCAAGUACAACAAGAUCGACGAGGAGUUCCAGAACAUGAUGCAGCGCAACCAGAUGGCCAUCGGCGGCGGAGCUGGAGCGCCCAGGCAGCUGCCCAAUAGUAGCUACACCCUGCCGGUAUCGGUGCCGGUGCCGGGAUCCUAUGGGGACAACCUGCUGCAGGCCAGCCCCCAGAUGUCUCACACCAAUAUCAGCCCACGUCCAUCGAGUUCGGAGACGGAUUCAGGUGGGAUGUCCUUGAUAAUAUAUCCAUCGGGUUCCAUGCUGGAGAUGUCGAACGGCUAUCCGCAUUCACACUCGCCGCUUGUGGGAUCACCGAGUCCAGGUCCCAGUCCAGGCAUAGCUCAUCACUUGUCCAUUAAGCAGCAGUCGCCGGGCAGCCAGAACGGACGAGCUUCCAAUCUAAGGGUCGUCAUACCGCCCACCAUAGCACCCUUACCGCCUAACAUGUCCGCCCCCGAUGACGUUGGCUACGGAGAUCAACGACAGAGUCAGACGUCGCUGAACACGCCCGUGGUCACGCUACAGACACCGAUCCCUGCCCUCACGAGCUACUCCUUUGGAGCGCAGGACUUUUCUUCCUCCGGCGUCAUGGGCAGUGCGGACAUCAUGAGCCUAAACACUUGGCAACACAGCCUGGUGUCGCACUCUAGUCUCUCACACCUGGCUGUCUCGAAUAGCACGCCGCCACCUGCCACCUCACCCGUUUCCAUCAAAGUCAAGGCCGAGCCCCAGUCGCCGCCCCGCGACCUCUCCGCGAGCGGCCAUCAGCAGAACAGCAAUGGGUCCACGGGCAGCGGCGGCUCCAGCAGCACCACCAGCAGCAACGCCUCCGGUAACGGGGGCGGAGGAGGCGGUGGCCUGACGGCCGCCAGCACAGCCAACGUCAUCACGCACUUGAACAACGUCAGUGUCCUGGCCGGGGGUGGACCCUCCGGCGGAGGAGGUGGGUCUGGCAGCGGUGGAGGAGGAGGCGGCAGCAAUGGCAGCGUGGAACAGGCCACCAAUCUGAGUGUGCUGAGCCACUCGCAGCAGCAGCACCUGGGCAUGCCCAGCUCCCGACCCUCGUCGACGGGCCACAUCACGCCCACAACAGGGCAUGAUAAGUAUGAUGGAUAUCCGUACCGCGCGCUAAUGGGACAUAAUCCUAGAUGGAAUUUUGCCGGGGCGCCCAGCAGCGACCAGGACGUCCGCAUGGCGGCCGCCGCCGUCCAGCAGCAGCAACACCAGCAGCAGCAGCAACAGCAACAACAACUGGGCGACUAUGAUGCCCCCAACCACAAACGGCCGAGAAUAUCGGGCGGGUGGGGGACAUAGCCCGCUCGUACUGCCGCCAGCAACCACUUCAAGCAACAUCACAACAACCACACCGGCAGUACCGGCAGUCCUGGCUGUGGCGGCAUCUACAACAACAUCAGGAGCAGUAACAGCAACAGCAACACAAAGUCAGAGGAGGAUGAUCUGGUGAUGAUGCCGCCACCGCCGCGCAAGGAGGUGCUGGUCCGUGGCUCGUCCUACAGCCUGGCGGGCUAUGACUGUUUCGGCCAACAGCUGGCUGUGGGCUAUGGGCCGCAGAGCAAUCCCUAGUCCCCCAGGAUGGGGCAGCAGCAACGUGAACAGAUAAAGGAGUUCCAACAUCAACAACCGUAACCGUAACCGGACCAGUGCAAAAAGUUUCAAAAGCUGAUAACGAAUAGAUUUUCGUUUGGGCUGGAUAAAAAAAGAAAACAAAAUUGAAAAAAAAAACAGUGACAGUGUCAUAUCUAUAGUUAUUGUAAUUUAUAUAAAAAUAAUUACGCAUGUAUGGUAAUAGUUAUAUUUUUAAAUUAUACACGCAUGGAUGCAGAGAUGCAGAGCCUCAUCGAGAUGAAGUGCAGCAGGAGGCACUCGCGGAGAGCCAAGUUAAGUUGUUUAGAACGUUGAGCUGAGUUAGUUUAGUUACACAUUACAAACUACAAUUACAGAGUUAAAAUUUAUGGUUAAUGUUAAUGUUUAUUCUAAUCUAAGGACAUGAAACGAUGAUUCAGAAAAAGGAAAAUCAGCCUAGGUCGAGCUGUUUGUGUAAAUAUUUUGAUUUUAGACACUAAUGUUUAGUUUGUAAUUACGAGAGAUACGUAAAUCAUGCAAAUCAUUUGAAAGGACCUUGGAAGGAAUUCGAGAAAUUCGAAUUCGAGAAAACACAACACCUGCUGCUAGCUCUUCGCAGUCGUGUUAAUUUAAUUAAAAUUCGUGCAAUUUGACGGUAUAUUUUUUUAAAGGCCAACCUUUAUUUGUUUAGACUCGUUUUAAAGGCACUAACUUUAUGCUUUCGUUUUAAACUUGAUUUAAGCUUAUUUAGUACAAGCCAACUUUGUCUUUCAUUUUUUAAGCGAAACGAAGUCAUAAUUUGUAAUUUACGUUUAAUGAGGAUUUCUGUUAAAUUUUGUUGCCUAAGUUUUUUGUAUUUUACUACAAUUAUCGCAAUCGCAACAAGAACUCAACAAAAUAAAAUUUAAAUAAAAUUAUUCAUGAAA